AUGAGCGGCGGCGGCGGCGGCUUCUGCUCGCGACUCUCGUCGCUCGUCGGCAGGGCCCGAAGAAUCGCUGGCGCCUCUGCCGCCGCCGCCGCCACAUUGUCGACGGCGGCCGCGGCGGGGCAGCCGGCGAAGGCUGUGCCCGCAUCCUGCGCCACCGUGGAAGAAGCCCAGAAAACCCUGAGGACCCGCCUGUGCAUCAUCGGCAGCGGCCCCGCCGCGCACACGGCGGCGAUAUACGCUGCCAGAGCCGAGCUGAAGCCCGUCCUCUUCGAGGGAUGGAUGGCCAACGACAUCGCCGCCGGCGGGCAGCUGACCACCACCUCCGAGGUGGAGAACUUUCCGGGAUUCCCGGAGGGCAUCCCCGGUCUCGAGCUGACCGACCGCUUCCGCGCCCAGUCAGCGCGAUUCGGGACCCACAUCAUCUCCGAGACCGUCACCUCCGUUGACUUCUCCUCUCGCCCAUUCAAGGUUGUCUCCGAUUCCACCACCGUCCUCUCCGACGCCGUCAUCGUCGCCACCGGCGCUGUCGCCCGCCGCCUCAAAUUCCCGGGCGCCGGCGAGUUUUGGAAUCGCGGGAUCUCCGCCUGCGCCGUCUGCGAUGGGGCGGCGCCCAUCUUCCGCAAGCGCCCCAUUGCAGUCGUCGGCGGCGGGGACUCGGCCAUGGAGGAGGCAAAUUUCCUUACAAAGUAUGGAUCCAAAGUCUACAUCAUCCAUCGCCGGGACUCCUUCAGGGCAUCGAAGAUCAUGCAGGGGAGGGCAAUGGCGAACCCGAAGAUCGAAAUUAUCUGGAACUCUGCGGUGGAGGAGGCCUACGGCUCCGAGAAGGGAGGAUUGGGUGGUCUCAAGCUACGUAGCACUCUGAGCGGGGAGCUGUCGGAUUUGCAGGUUUCCGGUCUGUUCUUCGCCAUUGGGCACGAACCUGCGACGAGAUUCCUCCAAGGGAAGCUGGAGCUGGAUCCAGAUGGGUACAUUGUGACAAAGGUUGGCAGCACAGAGACCAGUGUGAAGGGGGUCUUUGCUGCCGGAGAUGUUCAGGACAAGAAGUACCGCCAAGCCAUCACUGCUGCUGGAACAGGUCAGCCGAUGGGCCUCUUCCCUCUCCUCUAAUUUUCCACUUUUCUUGAUCAAAGAACGCUUUUAUUUUAUUACAGGAUUUGGUAGUUUUUUCACAGUUUUCGUCUCUGGUAAUCAGAUUAAAAACCCAAUUUAUUGAAUUAAAAAUUAACAUCCGUUUACAGCGGAUAUGUGAUCUAUACACCUUUGGAACGGGGAAACUUCAACUUAUUCAUGCAUAAAGAUCAAUUUUUUCCAUAAACAUAUGUUUUAUUUUACCUAUUUGAGCUAAAAAAUGGCCCCACUCGUCCUUUUCCUGGUUGUUUAUGGAUGACCCAUUAUUUGUUCCUGAUGAUCCAUGAGAGCUCCGACUCUAGAAAUCUCAUUCAGCGAGGAGAUGUGGGCUCAGAGAACGCCGAUCUCCGUUCUAAAAACCCCAUUUUUGGCUCCUCCAUACCCAUCAUGCUGAUAUUUUUAGACCAGUCAGUGCGGCGCUGUAAAGUCCAUAAAUGGGUACUAUUUCAUGGUUGCGGAUAUAAUCAUACUAAUCUAGGAAUCAUAUCAAGCCUUGUUUCCUGGUAGCUCUAGUGUGAGCUCAUCACUCAGAUCCAGUAGGGGAGGACUCGAUUGGCCGGAUUAGCCUAAAAGCCUGGCCCUUUUAUGUGCCAUAAAAUCCCCAUAUAUAGCUAUUUUCAUAUCGUAGAUCCAUUGAAUCAUAGACUAAUUAAUAUCAGUGAUGUUCCCAAUUAAAUCGCCAUACUUAGCCACCUGGGCCGCAUGCUUUCCCCCUGAGUUCUUCAGCUGAUGCUAUCUUGCAGCCGCAUACUCGGCCACUUUGGCCGCAUGAUUAUAUCAAGCAAAUACCCCUGAGUUUGUCAUCUGACGCUGUCUUUUGGAGGCGCAGGGUGCAUGGCUGCGUUGGAUGCUGAGCAUUAUCUUCAAGAAAUUGCAGCUCAGGAAGGGGCAGAAGCCUGA